AUGACGCCGACCCUUUUCGCCCUCGCGGCGAGCAUCAUCGCGCUACCUGCUCUCGCUCAGACAACCACAGCAACAACGACAUCAUCAUCACCAUCAUCAUCAUCAUCAGUCAGCAGCGUGCAAGUAGUAGCUCUACUCUUCCUCCCCGACGCCCACCCGCACUCGCUCGAGGCGUCGGUCGUCGACUUCAGCCUAUUUCCCGGAUCCACCUUCACCACCACCUCGGACGGCAGCACCAUCACGGCAGCCCCCACGCCCGCAACGUGGGCGCACACGAGACUCAUGGUCGACUGCCCGGCGUCGAAAAACGCCGAAAACGACGCGUGCCGCGAGGCGGGCAUCUACCCGGCGGAAAUCCACAUGCAGGACCCCAACCUCUACGGCGGCGUCACGACCUACCUCCCGGACAACAGCACGACGACGUGGACCUGCCAGCCGGGCUACCCGUCCGCGCCCAUGAACAUGAUGCUCGAGGUCAAGUGCGCCAAGACCACCGAGUCGGACGGGACCACGCAGAGCGAGUGGACCACGUACGAUAACUGCUACGGGCUCGCCCAUCUACGGCCCGUUGUCAUCACCGCGGGGACCGAGAAGCUCGAGCGGCUGCCUCCGAGCAUCGCCACGCUGGACACCGUCAGCACGAUUGACGCGAAUCUGUAUCUGUCUGGCCUGGCGGGGGCUCGCCAAGGGAGCGUCCAGACCGUGUCGUCUUCGUCGACGGCAAAGCCCACUGGCGAGGCUGGCGAGGGCGGCAGUGACGGUGAUGGGGAAGCUGGGAACGAAGGCGCGGGGAUCAAGAGCGUUGGGGGUAUCGGCUUGGCUGUGUGGGCCUUGAUCGGUCUGGCUACCUGUAUGACGGUGUUUGGGUAA